AUGGCUGAAGCGGGUUUCUUCUUCAACUCCACUUGCCAGCGCCCCGAUAGAAAUGCACCUCCCUCCGCCCACACAAAUAUAUCUGUCCACUCUCAGGCCCAACCCGUGAAGCACACUUUCAAAAGACCACGUCCACGCCGCGCCCAUUCAAAGUCAAGACCCUCGACCGGCUAUCAGGAACUAUCGCCGACUUCCAAUUCCACCACUGAUCAGCCCUCACUCCCAAGUCCCACUGGAACAUCAAAGGAUCCAUUAUUCUCCAAAGGCGGGGGCGAACACGAUCGUAUGUUUCUCUCAACACCGCUACCCGACUACAAACACGCUGCAAACCAAACCAUAAAGACCCGCGCCCAGGCACAAGCAGCCCAGGCCAUAGCCCAGGCCGUCCGCAAGUCCUCUUCCAACUCAGGAGGCAGUGGUCCCAAAACGGCCAAAAAUGCUGUCGCAGACGCCGCAAGUGGGAGGAUAGAAUACAUGCAGGGUCGCUCGAGUAGCAUAUCGGAAAAUACAACAGCAACAGGAUCAGGAUCGAGCGGGCGCCUUACGGAGAUCACGUCGAGUGAUGGACAUUCGCUAUCGGCGAAACCGUUCACGACGCGAAAUGGGAGACGAUAUCUACGAGACACGACGGUGACCUACCCGCUCCCGUGCGACCUUCAGGAAUUACACAGACAAACUUUACGGACUAUGCUAUUAUGCCAGAUCUUCAACGGACCGAUCUGCUCACCUGCUUUCAAUAAUAAACCCCCCAAACGUGUUCUCGAGGCGGGAUGUGGCACUGGUUUUUGGAGCGUGAUGUGUCAUCGGUAUUUUUCGCAAAGAGGCCACAAUUCGAUUUCUUUCACUGGAGUUGACAUCGCGCCUCUAGCACCACGGGUGAGGGAUGACCAUGACAUGAAUUGGCGUUUUGUGCAACAUGAUUUACGGCGGGUUCCGUUACCGUUUCGCGACGACGAGUUCAAUUUGAUCAUGAGCAAGGAUCUUAGUAUGAUUUUAUCGACACACAUGCAGCAAGCAUUAAUGGACGAAUAUUUACGAGUCUUGAAACCGGGAGGGACAUUAGAGAUCUGGGAUGGGGAUCACUCGUUACGAAUGCUGCUACCACACGCACCACCAUCGACCAAGGAAGAGGAGGAUGAUAGUGAGGAUGAGGAGCAGGUGUAUACGAAUGCAAUGGGCACGUAUACGCUGACGCCACAGACACCUUUAGCGGCACCGCAGAAUCAGUAUUUGAUGGACUACAAUCUAUGGAUAUCCAAAGCUCUGGAAGCACGGGGUUUGACCCCGAUGCCUUGCACAACAAUGCGACCUAUACUCCUUCAAGAAAUCGAAACCCUGGAAGAAAUAGAUUACCGCCGCCUAGCAAUACCCCUUGGCGAGGUACGCUGGGAGAGGGAAGGGGUUGGCGGUGCCGUAACACAAGGUACAAACGGCGGCGCCAUCUCCUCGAAAGGCAAAAGCAGAGAAUCGGACCGCAGGAUGUUGACCGUGGGGCAAGCUGCGCUUCGGAGAACCGCCCUCCAGACGGUGGUCCAGAUGAUAGAAGCACUAGAGCCACUUCUCCGCGAAUCCAGUGGUAAAGGCCAGGACGAGUGGGAUCGCUGGUACGGGAAUAUGAUGACCGACCUGCUGAAGAAUAACGGGACAUCCUGGGGAGAAUGUCUAGAGGUCGGAGCGUGGUGGGCUCGGAAGAAAAAGACGACAAGCUGA